AUGCGUCUCCCAAAUUCACCUCUCCUUCUCCCCAUCUCCUUCUUGCUGCUCCUAUUGCUAGGUACCAGCGCAGCUCUGGCCUCUUCUCUUUAUCCUUCUCUCGGCUCCGAAAGCACCGCCGCAACCACCGCCAUUACCAUCCCCGAGGAUCCUGCUACAAACCCAACCGACAUCAAUCCUUCUUUCUCCACACCAGCCAACGUAACCUACGACGACAUCACCGAACAUCAUCGCGGCCGUAACCAUACGCACAACAACCACACCAGCGAUGGGACUACGGGUUAUGUUCCCCCGGGUACAGCCUUGGUCGCUAUGCUUGUUACGUUUGGGAUGGCGAUGCUGGGGGGACUGGGAAUUGCUUCGGCAGUAGCGUUGGUGUUGUCAGUGGUGGAGGUGCUGGGUGAGGGGGUAGGGUUGGUGGUUUCCUUGGUGGGUAGUUGGUGGAUGGAAGUACCUAGGUGAAGUAGAUGGUGAUACCUCUGGGUAAAGGAGGGUUGGGUAAUGGGACUUGACUGGAGAGGAAGGAGAG